CGUGAUUCUCGUCUACGCCCGCGUAUGAAAUAAGUCUACAAAACUUUAUUCCGAACCACCCGUCCUUUAAAUAUAAAAAUACACUUCUAACUUACUGGUACUCUGGUAGUGAAAACCAAAUCGCGCUCCUUGAUUUCUCCUCCUCCCAGUCUAUGCUGAAGAGGAUGGGAAGCGAAGCGGUUCAAGCGAACUUGGGAAGCAUUCACCAGAGGAAGAAGGAGAUCAAACCCAGAUUUCUUUGCCUGCAUGGCUUCAGAACUAGCGCCGACAUUCUCAUGAAUCAAAUAGUCACCAAAUGGAAUCCUGCCGUCGUCGAUAAACUCGACCUUGUCUUUCUGGAUGCCCCUUUUCCCUGCCUCGGCAAAUCCGAGGUCGAGGGUAUUUUUGACCCUCCUUAUUACGAGUGGUUCCGGUUUAACAAGGAAUUUACCCAAUACCAGAACUUGGAUGAGUGUUUUGCAUACAUAGAAGAUUACAUGGUAAAGAAUGGACCUUUUGAUGGUCUUCUUGGUUUCUCCCAGGGCGCCAUUUUGUCUGCUGCCCUGCCUGGCUUACAAGAGAAGGGUGUAGCUCUGACCAAGGUUCCGAAGAUAAAAUAUCUGAUAAUCAUUGGAGGUGCAAAGUUUAGGGAGAAAUCAGUAGCAGAAAAGGCAUUUGGUUCACCAGUCACAUGCCCCUCUGUCCAUUUCAUAGGAAAGGAAGACUUCUUGAGGGAACCUGGGAUUCAACUCCUUGAAUCUUUCAUUGAUCCUUUGGUUAUUCAUCAUCCGAAAGGCCACACCAUUCCACGAUUUGACGAGAAAGGCUUGGGAGAUAUGCUUUCCUUCAUCAGUAGGAUGGAGAAGGAGAUGGUCACAGGGGAAAAAGAACAGGAAAUUGUUCCCGGUGGUUGAUUCCAUAUAAGAAAAAUUAUUAAGAUUAUUAAUGAUGGAGACAUGGAGUAUAUUGCCAUUGGUUUCAGGCAAUCAGGCCAUUGAUUGUUUAGUUAUGGUUAUUGAUGUAUUUAUGCCAUCGCUUUCAUGCCAUUGAUUGUGUAGGGCAAGUAUUCAACAACUUUACCUGUAGAUGACAUAGCUAAAUUGUGUUGGCUUGGCCAGCAACCUGAUAGUACUUUAAAUAAGGAUUAAUUGAAUUUGUUGCGGUAACUAUGGCAUAGACACAAGUAUAAAUUG